AGAGUAUACAUAUAUACAUAGGAAUCAUAGAUGGCAUUCCUAAAAACAGAAAUUCGCAGAAUAGCAGACGACACGUUUAUAUACACAAAGAGCCAGGUGUAUUAUGAAAGUGAAAGUGCUGGUACUUCUCUGAACCAGACUGAGAGAAGGGAGAAUCCUGAUGUAGAAACUAAACUUUGGGACCUUGUAUUAUAUACAAUUUCCCAUUCAUUUACUUUGCGCAUAAAUGCCGGAGUAUUGAAUACGUUCAUUAUGGAGUUGAACAAUGUGGGAAACAAUAAAAGUUCCGUAUACGUGUCGAUAUCGUUUAAGAAAUUAUGUUUAGCAACAGUGUCUUUACCUCUGGUUGCGCUUUUAAUCUGCUUCGUCACGGCAUAUAUCUUCCAGCAGGAUGAUAUUCAUGAAACGCACUGCAGAGUUUAUAACGUACUUCCAUCAAUUUCAGCCAUCACUGGCGUAUCCCCUCAAAGAUAUUUGUGGCGAAUAUGCAUAGCAUUACACCUAGGCCCUCGUUUAAUCAUCGCUAGUGUAUAUCAUUCGUAUUAUUAUAAAAUACUCAAAACAAUCGAAGACGUACCUUCCAGAAUUAAGGGAUGUAGACUUUUAAAUUUAUGUUACUGGCUGAGUAUCGCAGAAGUAGCAUCCCUCUGCGGUGUUACGUACAUUUCGAACAGAGAAAAUUAUUCUGUGCAUGAGAAGAUUUUCAUAGCCUUUAUGAUUAGCUCGUUAACAUAUAUGCUGACCCAGGUGAGAUUGUGCCGACUCGUAACGCCAAACGCACGGAGUCUUCGGUACAAGCAAGCGCUUUUUAUAACAAGUCUCGUUACUACCGUUGGACUUAUCAUUUUCUUCCUGAAGCACAGGUUACUGUGCCACGAUCUGGCAUUUAGCUGGUUUUCCUUAUGCGAGUAUGUGCUUGGCUCUGCAAAUAUGGCUUUUCAUAUAACCGUAAUUCUAGACUUUCCCAUGGAGCAGCUGGUUGUCGGGAACGGUUUACCCGCCUUAAAGGUGGAUUAACUUGUAAUAUUUUAUACUUAUUAUUAUCUUAUUGUUGUCAUCAAAGUGCCUACUGCCACUGUCUGGAAGUGCUAUUGCCAAAGUAUAAAAAGUGACAUGUUGUAUACAACACGUACUGAGUAUCCACUGACAAAUGAACCGAACGAUUCUAACUGAAAUAAGUAUGCGACGUACGAAAUCAAAAGAGUUUCAGGAAAAAUCAAAUACUCUUAAGAGGAGACUAAUGCAAACGGUGCAUUGUACCCUGUUUUAAUUGACGUUUAUUAAAAAAAAAAGUAUUUGUCCCGAGGUAUAUUCGUUCAGACGAACAUUAUUGUUUACUAUGGAUUUCCUUUAUUUGAAGAUUUGUUCUUUGGUGGAUACGCAGUUUGGUGCACGUUUUCAAUUGAUUUGAGUGCGGAAAUGGCGCGAUGACUUAAUAAUGAGAUACUCGUUUUAUCAGUCUUCGACAAAUUCGCAAAGUAGCUUUUACGUUAGCGUUUCUCUUUGUCGACGAUGAUUAUUCUUAUAAGUACGCUAUCCAAUCGUUUAACAAGUAACAGCACGAUCGAAGGUAAAAAUCAAAAGGGAAAAAGUAAAAAAAAAAAAUGCAAAAAAAAGAAUCUAGCGCUUCCAAAGUAUGGCACCGGUAUCUUCCCAGGCAAUGAGAAAAGAAAACUUCAAAUGGCCUUUUAGUUAGUAAAAAUUUUGUAGCGAUACAGGAGGAAUAUGUAUCCUACAUACAAACAAUAUUAUGCAUUGUCCACAGUAACGAUAAUUCAUAUUUAAUUUCUAUACUCGUACAGCCGAUUUCGGGGGAAUACACACAGUUUACCAAUAAUAACGGGAAGCGACGAAUCGUAAAUGUUAAAUCCGCUUCCAUAGGAGUCCUUUAUAAAUUAACUCUAGUCAAUAAUUAAUUCUAGUCGUUUUACUUGAUUUUUUUUCUAAUCCAUUUCAAGGACGCCACGUUUCCGAACUUCGACUCAUUGUUAGCAUGUAGGAUGCAUUUAGAUUGUAACGCGUCUUUCGUUUUCGAUGAAGGUAUGUUCGCGAGAUGUGUACUUAGUUUUAAUUUAAGUCAUCGCAAAAGUAUUGUUUCAUCGCUGUAACGGGCGAGGUUCCUCGUUUCUCUCAGUGGUCGUCUUGUACUGUGAGCUGCCCCUUUUUUGCUUAGAAAUCCUGUACCCUGAUUGUGAUUUCUUUUGUGCGUUCAUCCUCUCGUUCGAUCGUCAUUGCAUCCACUUUUUUUCCAUUGUUUUUAGUCACCCUUCAUCGUUUUCCUCUGUUUGUAAAAGCCACGGUUCGUCGAGUCUCCUUCGUCAUGUCCCUUUACUUUUCCUACGUUGGCAUGCGCACAUUUUUAAUUGACGAGUUCGUUUUUUCGAUAAGCUCUUUCGAGGACCACCUCGGGUUUUUCUUCAAUCUCCAUUUCAGAUAAGUUACAAGGAUCAUCCUUAGGGUUCGACGGAUAAAAGUAAGGGUCCCGGUUGUUCCAAGCGUAAAAGGUGGGCUCCUGUAAGGAGAGUCUUAAUCCAUUAAGAUUAAGAUUCCUUUACAGUUAGAUACAGAGUCGACCGCGUAACAGUGAAUCAUUGUGACUUCGAUCCUCCUCUUCGUUCGGUACAGCUGUAAUAUCGUUAGCAUAUUUUAUCGCGCCUAAGCAACCGCGAGAGUCGUUAUGCGAAACGAGGAGAACAAAUGCGACGUAACAGGAACGAAGCAAGGAGUAAGUUACUCGAUAAUCAUUUAAUCUUAUAGCAAUACGUUGUGUUACGUACGAUUUAAUAUCUAAAUAGCCGUAGGGUCUUUAAACAAUUGGCAGUUAAGUGAUCGGGACACGAGGAUAGACGUAGAUACGCAAACGGAAAAUGAAAUCGAUGAUUAUCUUGUAUUAAUACAUAUAUAUAUUCCCGACCAAACCACGAACGUUACGUCCAAAAACGAAACAAAUAUAUUACGGAGAAAAUUAACAAAGUUAAUUCAGAUGACUGUUUGUAAGAAAUUUUAUAAACGGGGACUUCAUCUUCCUCUUCGAGAUACUUGUUAAUUAAUGUUUCGCGGAAAGAAAGAGCGAGCGAGAGAGAGAGAGAGAGAGAGAGAGAAAGAGAAAGAGCGCCACAAAAAAUAAUAAAGAAGGAUGUUUGUGAUAAAGCACUAUUAUAGUUGAACGUAAAUCAGUUUCUUCGAUUCCUCAGAUGAAUUUCAACGCUAAGGGAGAGGUGGUAAAUAGACAACCGUUCUAUCCUUGCAAAUUUUAUUUAACAUUAUGAGGAAAUACAUAUAUAUAUAUAUAUAUAUAUAUUUUCAUAUAACAAACGUUUUUUUCUCGUAUUUUUUUAACGUUUUAUUUAUUAACCAUCGAUGCGUUUUCGCAUGCGUCUACGAUUGCACAACCGUAUCUUACGUUAAUAAACAAAGAGUAAUUAAAAUAGGGCACGUGUGAAAAAUGAAACAGGCAUAAAUCGCGUAUGGUUCCCAUCGUUACAAAAUACUAAACGUUUGUAAUUUGUCGCAGACGAAGUAUAAGUAUUUGGAGAACGUUGCGAAUUAAUUUUAUUGAUACGACGUCGUAGCCCGUGCCAAGUGAUAUAUUAAAGAUGCAAAUGCGACGCGUGCAUCGAUCGCAUUGGCAUCGAAUCAUCGAUGACACACAACAGAUUUAAAUUGGAAUAUAAAUAUGAAAUAUCUUUAAUGAAUCACUUGUUUCGCUUAACCAUCGCUUCGAUCGUUACGGUGACUUUCCUUAGUUUCAAUUUUAUCUGAAUAUAUCGCAAACGUUGAACGAGCUACUGUAUUGCUGCACUACACUGUUAUACGUAUACACGUAUUUUUGUCUUUAUAAGACAGUCACGAGCAUAGCUUAUUUACCUUAAAGUUGUACAGAGUGUUUUAAAGAGGGUAAACGAUUUUAGUCUUGUUUGGGAGACGACAAUUAUCAUCGAUUCAUUCUCGCACGCUGUGUCAAAGCUGAUUUUAUCGAUGAAAUUAUACGAUAUUAAUUAAAUAUUUGCUACCGUUGUACGUACAAAACGAUCCUUAAGUUCUAACCGUAGGCGUAGGCUAAAAAUAAUCUCUCAAACAAUUCUUCGAAACUCUCUUCUACCCUUGAGACAGCUUAUAUACAUAUACGAAUGUACGAAAUUAAAACGUAAGUACUACAUUCGCAUAAUAAGUAAGCACGUUUUAUCAGCCGUUUGUUCACCUCAGUAAGUAUGUAAUUUGAUUUUACGUGAAGCUCGGGUUCACGAUAACCGUCGGCAUUAUGUAAACUCGAUUUCUAUUCGAGGGGAUCGUUCGCGGUCAAUAGACGAAGAAAUCUAACACGAUUUACAUAUGUAACGCGAGAUACCUACGCGAACACAUUCGUUUUAAUAAGCUUCGUACAAUCGAAAGCUGUUGCAUAAAACUUUGCCUGAAAAAAAAAAA